AUGAAUAUCUCAAACAGCACUGAUUUUGAACCUGUCAGUGAACUGCAGAGCUACGGAACUCUUUCGGCAGCUUCGUUUGGAUUCAUUUUAACGUCGUUCACACUGUUUGGAAUCAGACAAUCAAAAUUUGAUAACACUUUUGCCCGGAUCUUGGCACAAAAACUCGUUGCUCAUUUGCUUGCUUUUAUCAUGUUCGGUUUCCGACCACUAAGUGUAAAAAAUUGGAGUGGGAAUCCACCAACAGCAGAGUUUGUGCAAACUCUUGAAAAAACUCUAUUCUGUCUUACAUAUGGAAUUUCAUUGAACUAUGUCGGAGUUUUGGUGUAUUUACUAUCGAUUGUUGUCUACCCAACACUUAAACCGUAUAAUUGCAGAAGGUAA